AUGGCCACCGUCAUCCCCGCCCCGCCCGCCCUUUCCGGCGACCUCUUCCUCUUCCACACCACCGACCCCCUCCUCGCCAACUCCCCCGUCCUCGUCUUCCACGGCCCCGCCGCCUCCAUCGGCGCCACAAGCUCGCGCAUCCAAGUCCACAUCUUCACCGCCGCCGGCUAUGCCUCCUACGCGCGUCUGGCGGUCUCGCCGAACUCGCCGCUGUACUCUGCCGUCAGCAACUUGCCGCGGGAGGAGCAGGGGGACGAGGUGGUGCGCGGGAUCGCGUUUGGGUUGAAGAAGUAUUUCAACGAGCUGGAUGAGGGGGUGAAGAGGACGUGGUGUAAGGAGGCGAAAGCGCCUUCACCCGCUGCGUUGUUUGGGAACGAUCAUAUUGCGAUUUUGGCGAGUCGGAUGACGAGGAUUGACAAUGUGGAUGAGGUGAUACGGGAGGUUGGAGUGGCGUUUGGGGAGAUGAAGUGUUCGUGGUUGGAUGCGGAUGUUGUGUUGCCUGCUGGGUCGAUCAAGGCGUCGCAGAGGAGUGCUGGGUCGGCAGGGCUUGAGGAGUUUGACGAGUCGCAAGGGUUGGCGCAGCGGUAUGGGAGGUAUGCGGAGUUGGUCGAUUCGCUGGGAGAUUUGGUGUUUAUGCCGACUUCGAAGAUGAGGAGGGCGCCGUCGAAGUCGACGUCGGUGGGGAGGACUGCAAGUUUCUUGAGGCAUCAGAAGGAAACGGUACGGAAGGAGCUGAAUGAGCUGCUGGAUACUGAGGUGAACUAUGUCGACCGCAUCAACGAGCUGGCGGAGCUGUCGAGCAGACUGGGCGGUUCUGAGGCUUCACAGCUACGGGGUGUAUUCCCAGCAUCGAUCGCAGACAUCGCUCGGCUCAACUCGGAAUUCCUUACGGAUCUUAAGCAGAUUUUUGAGGCUACCGAGACUACUGCCUUGCAGGACAUUGAGGCAAUGGAGGAUAUUCAGCCUUCGGCUCAACAAGCUCGGCAAGAUUUCGUCGCAGACACUCAGGGAGUCGGCGCCAUUGCGAAGUGUCUCUGCGACUGGUUCCCGAAGUUCAGUGAGGCGUACAGCAACUACAUGCAGAGUCAGGCCAGCGCAACAGCACUUCUCCGGGAUAUCCUCAAGACUGGUGAUCCUUCAGUUGUUGCUUCUUUGCAAGACGUUGGAGAGCAGAAGCUCACUUCUCUCCUCAUCGAGCCGGUACAGAGACUGCCGCGAUACAAUCUGUACAUCGACACGAUUGCCAAGCAAUUGCCAGUUCGCCAUCCGGCCAUCAAGCCCUUAUUGAAAGCAAGAGACAUGAUCACUGAAAUCUGCGAUCAUGGUGGGUCAGAGCUGGAAGGCAUAUCCCUCCAGGAGAAGCUGAAGGGUCGAGUGUCUGCCUGGCCAUCUGGUUCUACCGCCCUUGGCCGCUUAGUGACAGCCACAGACUUUGUCGAACUUGCUCCACCUUAUGCUUCUGAGAGCUGCGAUGCUGAUCGCGGCAUCCUUCUCGUCUUCACCGACAGCAUCGUCAUGCUUGAGAAGCGUGGCUCAGAGUCAGUAUCGGCGAAAGCUUUGUUGACCGAGCUCGACAGUGGACAUGGACCGAUGCGACAAAUGCAUGGCCGGCCGCACACACCACACGACCUGACUUUCGUUCGAAGAGUGCAACUCGAUGCUGUACAAUUGGUUGAAGCGCAAGAUGGCAAGUGCAUUCAACUUCUAACGAUGUUCAAGCUAGACGGUGCAGUGUAUCCCCCUCAGCUACCGAUGGUCGAUUCUUGCCAAAUCCUGCGCAUCGAAGGCUUCUAUGAGCGCAAGCUGGAACGGCUCGUCGAAGAAGUCACAAAAGCUCGCAUCGAAGGCCGCUUCAGCGAAGCUGAGCGAGAGGCAGCCAAGUGGGAGGUGCGUGCUUCGGAUCCCUCUGCAGACACCGCCAGCCUGCUGAGCGCCAUUUUCGAGGACUCGAACCAUGAGCACGUCUCUACCCGGACGUCCACAGCUCCUAUUCGACUAAUCGUCGACAUUGAUCGUCAUGCUCAGAGACCGCGCGCAACCGAAGAUGGGAUCCGCACUAUCAUGGCAGCAUCGCUUUCUCGGGACGGCACCUGGAGGUUGACGAUUGAGUCGGUGGACGGCAAAGCCGCUCCCGAAUCUGUCAAUACAUCACAGGUUGUUAGUGCACUGAGGCGGCAGCUCACGACACUUUCGAGCUUCCGCUACACAAUUGAACAGAGCUCCAUGACAUCUGCGUUACUGGCAAAGCACGGCGCCAUUCUGCAGACACUCAAUCUCCAGGCCGCUGCUGCGGACGAUGACGCGGUAUCAGUGAAUAGCCGCUCCGAGCGAACGUCAAGACCAAAGUCGCCGAAGAAGUUUCUCUCGAGCUUCUUGUCGAGCACGGGACCAGGCAGCCAACCUCCGGCGUUCCUGAAGAAGGACCUGCCGCCACUGCCACCGCCCAGUCGCCUCCCAAGCGUGCAGUCGAACACUUCUACCAUGAAGCCACCAAGUCUGCCACCAAGUCGAGACAGCCGUCCGCCAUCAAGAGACCCGCCGACGCUCAAGUCGAUGACUUCAAUGCGCUCGAUGGAACCACUCGCCAGCCCUCACAAGAAGCUUGAGGAGACGCUUGCCACCUACAUGCUCGCUCUGCAGGCUCGGAAGGGCAACAUUGUCGGGCGAAGCCUCAAGAUGCGAGCGACUGCCGACGAGCUGGCGGUCAAUGAGCUUUACAACAGCGUGCUUGAGGAUCCGAACAUGAUGGUGUUCGCUGCGCAGGCGACCGUUGACGUGCUCUUCGCGGCGUUCGAGAAAUUUUUGAACGUUGCUUGGAGGGAGCAGAUGGGUCAGAUCUUGCCCUUUUCCACACUUCAGGAGAUCCAGUCGAAGGCAGAGACGCUCUUCCCUGCUGAGUUCGAUCAGUACUUCAAGGUGACCAUCGGACAGCUCUCGCCUCAGAAUCAGCGGGCCUUCAAGGGGAUUAUGAAACUUCUGGCAGAUCUGCUUGAUGGUACUGGCAACGAUGGAGACCGUGGUAUCCUUACCGCUGCUUUUGCAGAAGUCCUGGUUACUGAAGGCAACCCGCAUGAUUACAUUGCGCUGAUUGAUCGCUUCGUGGACGACCCAGACACCUACUUUGGUGAGCCGCUGGAGGAGGUCAGCAAGACUACUGAGGCCGGCUUCAACCCGCACAAGCGAGCACGAUCCGUCAAUUCGGCGUCCAUCAGCUCGAACACAUCCUCGCUUCGAAAGAAGUUCGGCCUUGGGCUGUCGCGCGAGAACAGCAAGUCGGAGCAAGACUCCAAGAUGGCCUCCGUGUGGCGCACACUGAGCAAGAGCACGCGCGGUGAAGCCAGCCCUGCAAAUAGCAUUUCCAGGGGUACACUUCACCGCUCGCAGUCUACCGACAUGGAUGCACGUGAUGUGCCUUCGAGACCUGUGUCUCAAGAUGGCUCUCCGACACACAAGACGAACUAUUUUGGGGAGGACUUAUCGUUCAACGGAACCACCUCUGCUCUCAAUCUCGGACUCUCGACUAUUGGAGAGCAUCCCAGCUUCAUCCCUACGCAGCCGCCGAGGAAGAAGAGGCGUAGCUCGCUCUCCGACCUCAAGGCUCUCGAAGCUGCACAGCAGGCGUCGCCGAAGCCCGCUUGGUCACCGCAAGCGGCUCGUCGUCCACCAACAGCGCCACGCUAUCUAGACGAGAAGUCCUUGCCCAACUCGCCUGUUCCUUCAACACCAUCUUCAAAAGGCGGAAGCGGCAGGUUCGGCUCACCCACACGCGAGACACCUCGCUCGCGGCUGCCAUCCUCCUUCCGCAAAGAGAACUCACCCGGCCCAAGCAAAGCUCUCGCACCGACGCCCGAGCAGCGCCCAAAGAGCAGCGGCGCAAAACUAGACGAAGUCACCAUCACCGCCCGUCCCCUCUCCAACAUCCCCACCCUCACGCCCAAACCCCUCACCCUGCAUAAGUCCCACACCUCCCCGCCCCCUCGAAACGGCCUGGCGGAGCGUCCUGGCGCUGGGAAUAUCGUUAAGAAACCCUCCCCCAAACCAGAUAAGUCGGACAUGCCGAUGGCUUCAGGCACAACGACAACGGACGCAGGCUCACCGAAAAAGCUCCGCAUGCAAUCCCCGCAAAAACUCCGCGAACGCCUGCAAAACGAACAAUCCGCCCUCGCCGCCACACACACCUCUCUCCAAGACGAGUUGACAAAAAUCGGGGACGAGCUCACCUCCACCCCUUCCCGUAUCGGCUCCGUUCGCGCCCCUGGCUCGCAUAGUCGGACGAAGUCCACGCCUUCCGCUUACAACCCCCCGGCAAACAUGGACAUCGCCCAACGCGUCCUCAAGCUCGAAGGAUCCCUCCCGACGCAGAUGGAGGGGCUGAACGACCGCCUCUCCUCUAUCCAGAACGAUCUCAGCUCCUCUCUCGCUGUCUCCGAGGCGAAGUGCAAGAAACUCGACGAACUGUAUAGAGAAGCCAACUCCGAGAAUGAGGCUCUCUACGCGCGGUUCAACGAUGAAUUGGGACGGAUUCUGAAGGCUGUCAAGGGUGGCGAAGGGGUGGAGGAGUUGAAAAGGCAGGUUAGGGAGGGUAGGGAAGAGAAUGGGAGGUUGAAGAGGGAGUUGGGACGGGUGAGGAGGGAGAACGUUGGGUUGAGGGCUCAACUCAAGGAGUAG